CAGCUGUCAGGUCAGCUGUCAUUGUCAAAUCGAUGUUUAUUUUCUACUGCUAGAUUGUGUGUGCAUGAUUUAGCAAUAAAUUAAAAUUUCUUUGUUUCUGAUAAAGUAAACUUAAUAAACAAUAUCAAAAUGUUUCAGUUUGGUUUCAACAUGUUUCAUGAAAUAUCGAGGCCUUUCAACAUGACCUACAGAUGCUUUUCAGUGUCCAUGCUGCCAGGAAACGAGAGACAGGACGUUGAGAGAGGAGGCAAAAUAAUCAUGCCACCGUCAGCGCUAGAACAGCUAACAAGGUUGAAUAUAGAGUACCCCAUGAUCUUCAAACUGACCAAUAAGAAGUCCAAAAGGUCCACUCAUUGUGGAGUGCUGGAAUUUGUGGCUGAUGAGGGGAAGGUCUACUUGCCACACUGGAUGAUGGCCAAUUUGGUGAUGGAGGAGGGAACUCUGCUUCAGAUUGAGAGUGUCUCCCUGCCCGUUGCAACAUUCUCCAAGUUCAAACCACUUUCUGAAGACUUCUUAGACAUAAGCAAUCCUAAAGCAGUACUGGAGAACUGCCUACGUAAUUUCUCAUGCCUGACGACCGGCGACGUCGUCGCCAUCAAGUACAACUCCAAAGUGUACGAGCUGUGCGUGCUGGAAACCAAGCCCGGGAACGCGGUCAUCAUCAUCGAGUGCGAUAUGAACGUAGAAUUCGAAUCUCCCGUCGGCUACAAGGAAGAGGAGCGUACAAGCCACGAGACCCAGGGCGAGGCGGAACAUGACCCCGCAGCCCUCAUGCCCGAACCAAGCGGCUUCGUGCCCUUCAAGGGGGAGGGAAACAGGCUGGAUGGCAAGAAGAAGAAGCUAGUCAGUGAGAGCGACUCGGAGCCCGCGGCGCAAAGUCGACAGCCCUACGUCCGCGGCAUCCCCGACUACGAGUACGAAAUCGGCACAAUCCGGUUCAUCCGCACGCGGCCGUCCAGCGCGCGCGAGGACACGCCCGUCCAACCCUUCGAGGCCUUCAAGGGGGAGGGGUUCACGCUGCGCACUGCCAAGUCCAACUAAACUCACUACUAAGGCGAUGGCUCUCCAACCAAAUCUACUAGCUAAUCUGUCUGGUUUUGUUCUACGAUGAGGUUGGCCGGUUGAAGUACAUAUUUUAGGGUUUAACCUGACAAUCCUUAGAAUUGUGAUAAAUUCUCGUUUUAUUUUCUUUAAUUUUUUGGCCUGAGUGCUAGCCCGUGGCAUGCCUGACUACGAGUACGAGAUUGGCACGAUCCGGUUCAUCCGCACGCAGCCGUGUAGCGCGCCUUCAAGGGGGAAGCGCUCACACUACGUACUGCCAAGUCCAACUAAUGACAUCUACGGCUUACGCCUCUGCCGCUGACGCCAACCGCCAUACAUUGGUUAAAACCAAAGAUAGAUAUAACUCCGUAAUAGAUGGAUACAGUCUAAGGAAAAAACGUGCCUUGAAAAUCAAGAAAAUUUGAUUCUCGUUCAGAGGGCGCUACUAGUUUUGGCCUACAGUCACCUAAGUCAAAGUCAACAAAAUAAUUAAUGCAAAUAAAAAAAAUCAUUUAUCUAUAUUCAAAUACAUUUAAUCGUAUUUUUACAAAUCUUCAAUUUUAGUUUUAAAGUGUGUCGACAGAUGGCAGUGAAUUUACUGGGGUUACAAAAUUUACUAUGACAGUACCGCUCUAGUAUAAGUUACUCUAUGGUUAAAACAAAACAAACUAAUGGUGGUCGGCGUCAGCGUGGAGUGUGCAUACUCAGAGCAUUCGGUGAAUUCGGUCCGUGGCCCUCGGGUUAACCUUUUCGACGCCGUGUCAAACACAAAAGCUGUCAUCCAGACGCCACGUCACCGAAGUGUCAAAACUAAAAUUGAACUUUAUGCAUAUGCAUGUAGGUAGGUGCUAUUUUGCUCUCUGCAACUAAUAUCAUGGACUCCUUAUUCAAUAAGGAAAAAAGUUGUGGAAAUGUAGACAACACAAAAUUGAUAGUUCUCUUGGUGUCACGGUCACAUCAAUGAAUUAGAGAGAACAUAAGAUACAUAAAUAACUUGUACAAUAAAAGGCCACUACUAUCACUAUCAAGUAUGAGAAUAUUAUUUCUUGAUCUAUCCUUUCUGGCAAUAUUAUUACCAUUCCAUGUUUGCAUUAUAUUUAUUGAAAUAUAAUAGUGAUAGGAUAGAAAUAAUUUGUCAAUCAUGUUGUUUUGUGGCCUCAUCCUAAGUAGGUUUUAUACAUAAGCCGUGGCUGUAUUGUAUUGAAAGAUUCUGUGAAAUAAAAACGAGUGAUCUCUUGA